AUGUUUAUUUGCUGCAAUACCAAACCAAAGAAAGAAAAGUAUAUAGUGUGUGUCUAAUUAAUUUAUUUAGGCCUUAAAAAAUUGGUUCAACAGCUGCAAACUCUGAUGCUGAAUCAAUUAAGCAUAGCAAAGCUGAAGAGGAAAUUCAGAAGGAACUAGUUCAGGAUACCGUAAAUAAAAAGCCGAAUGCGGAAUUGAAUUAAAAAGAUAAAAAGCUUUAAGAGAUUUAAAACAUAGUUAACAGAAUCAAAGGAUAUAGAAAUGAAGGGAAGCUCAACUUAAGGUAUUGAUAUAGUCUAAAAAUUUUAGCAUUGAUAUUGAAAAAUCAUUCGUAACUUCUUUAAUUGAAGAGGAUUAACCCACAACUUACUUUAUUGAAUAUAAAUGGGCUAUAGAUUAUACAAAAUUUUUGGAAAAAAGAAAUUUAGACAUACCAAAAUCAAUAAAUAAUACUAAAUUAUUGACUGAAGAGAACACUCAAAAAGAAAUAGUUAUAAUAAAAUCAGAAAAGGAUACUUAGCUUUUAUCAGGUAUAUAACCAGAUAAGCAUUAUGUUCUUUUAAAUCAAAGAUCAUGGUUAUUUAUAAAUCAAUUAUAUGGUGGUGGACCAACAAUUUCUAUUGAAUUAGAGAAUACUAUACAAUCACCAGAUAUUUUUAAUGAUGGUUCAACUAAUAUUACUUCUCAUACAGUCAAUCACACAAAGAUUUCAGUUGAACCUUGUAUAGAAAUAGCAAAAUUAGAAGCCAAUGCUUUUGAGGAUUCUGAUAAACUUACUAAUAAAAUUACACCUGGAAGACAAAUUUCUUCAAAAACCAAAUCAAUAAAAAUUUAUCCAAAAUCUUAUGAAUUACCUUUUGUAGGUUUAUAAAAUCCAAAAUAUUAUUGUUAUAUGAACUCAGCCUUAUAAUGUCUAUUGAGCAUAAAAGAAUUAAACGAUUCAUUAUUAAAAUUAUCAAAGUAGUAAAAUAAAAAAUUUACUAUGGCUUACCAAGAUUUAUUAAGAGUUGUUUAAAAUUCCAUUCCAGGAUCCUCUAUUUCAGUUGAAAAACUAUAAAAUAUGUGCCUUAAUAAGUUUAAAUACUCUUAGUAACAAGAUGCCCAUGAAUUUUUAUUAUUUCUCUUAUCUGAAAUAAAAGAAGAAUUAGUUGGAAAAAAGAAAUAUGAAAAAGAGGAAUUUCCAAAUGCUUAAGAAGCUUGGGAUGUUUAUAAAAGUAGAAACGCUGAUAUUAUUACUGAUCUAUUUGCUGGUUAGAUAGCUAGUAAAUCUCAUUGUUAGAAAUGUAAAGAAAUUAGUGAAGGUUUUGAUCCAAUUUUAGAUUUGAAUCUUCCACUUACAAAAUAUUACAUUCCUAGAGAAUUUAAAUUGUAUGAUUGUUUGUCUAAUUACUUUAAAGAAGAAUAGAUUAAUGAUUCUUGGAAAUGUGAUAAAUGCUAAUUUGUUAAUAAAUCUGUUUAAAGGAAGAUUUAAGUCACUCAGACCCCAAAAUAUCUAAUUCUUCAUCUCAAACGCUUUACUCAAUUCCCUAAAAAUUAAAAGAUUACUGACGAAGUAAUUUAUCCAGAAGCUCUAGAUAUAAAAGAGUAUUUUUAUUAAUAAACUUUAGAUUUUGUACAGAAAAUGUUGAAAACACAAAAUACACAUUAAAGAGCGUUAUCUCACAUAUGGGUUAGUUAAAUGGAGGUCAUUAUAUUGCAUUUGCUUAAAGACAAAACUAAUGGUUUCAUUUCGAUGACCAUACAGUAACUAAAGACAAAAAUGAUCUACAUCUCUCAGACAAAGGUGCUUAUAUAAUAGUAUAUGAAUAAAUAUGA